AUGGACACUACGAAUGACAUCUUAGUUUACUCUAAGACGACAAGAGAGCAUGAGGAACACUUGAAGAUUGUGCUACAAAUCUUGAAGGAGCGGAAGUUGUACACUAAGUUGCCAAAGUGCAAGUUCUGGAAGGAGGAAGUAAAGUUCUUAGGCCACGUGGUGAGUAAAGGAGGAAUAGUUGUAGAUCCUUCUAAGGUAGAAGCGGUGAUGGAGUGGGAAAGACCGACGACGGUGACGGAAGUUAGGAGCUUCGUGGGCUUAGCAAGAUAUUACCGAAGAUUCAUUGAAGGAUUUUCCCGGAUUGCAUUACCGAUAACGAAGUUAACAAGGAAAGAAGUGCCAUUCAUGUGGACGUCGGAGUGUGAAGAGAGUUUCCAGACCUUGAAGCAGAAGUUAACUUCAGCACCUGUUCUAAUCUUACCGGAACUGCAUGAACCGUUUGAAGUAUAUUGUGAUGCGUCACUGAAAGGUUUAGAUUGCGUGUUGAUGCAACACCGGAACGUGGUGGCUUACGCGUCGCGUCAGCUAAGACCGCAUGAGGUGAAUUACCCCACUCAUGACUUAGAAUUAGCGGCGAUUGUGUUUGCAUUGAAGAUUUAG